CGCCAUCAUAAUCACCCCCACAAGCAUGACCGCUCUUCGUCACUCUGUCGUCUCAUCGAUGCGCGCAGCCGCACCUCGACGUGUCCCUCAUCCCUUCGCUGCUAGCCUUCUGUCGCGCGCCUACUCCUCCGGCUCCUCCUCGUCAAGCAGCGGCAGCAACAACAGCGCUCCCAGCAAAUCGUCCAAGUCCCCUUCUCUAAACGCAAGCAACAUCCAACCCCCACCCACAUCCAAGUUCAACCGUCCCUCCCCCCCCACCCUCCCUGCAGCCGAGCAAGCAGAAUUCAACCGCCUAGUCGCUGCUCGCUCUGGUCAGCUCCAAUUCAAUCGCCCUGCACCCACCGAAUCCGACAAAGAGGGAGAGCUCCACCCCAAUGCUAGGCGAUUGCCCACGCCGGACUUUGAAGGGGACACUAACCCGGAGACGGGCGAGGUUGGAGGCCCAAAGAAGGAUCCACUGAUUUGGAGGGGAGAGUAUACGUAUAAUGGGAGGGCGACGGAUUUCUAGCUGCGCUCACUUGUAGACGAAGGAGCAGCCAGGCAGGCAGGCAGGCAGGCAGGAUGGGGUGCGACGAAUACCAAUACAAUUGCAUUUGCUUCAAGCUUGAAAAUCAGGAGGAAGGAAGACUGCAACGGGGCACAGGGCAUCACGAGGCCAUCUCCACAUCCCCUACCGCCGUGCCAUUGGCAUUCCUCCCCGCAUCCUCACUCCCACCACCUUCGCCUCUACGUCCCCGCUCAAGCUCCCUCUCCCUCUCC